AUGGCUACCAACGGGACCAAAGCCUCGGACGGACUAGUCUUAACGGAGACGUUGAAUGACGCGCCCGCCACCACCACCACGCCAAACGACAAACCCAAAACCUUGGUAGUGAAAGUGCAGAAGAAGGAGCUACCCGAGAGGGAAACGUGGAGCGGGAGAUUUGACUUUCUUCUCUCUUGUGUCGGAUACGCAAUCGGACUCGGGAAUGUCUGGAGAUUUCCUUAUUUAUGUGGCAAAAACGGCGGAGGGGCCUUCUUGAUUCCUUACUUUUUGACCCUGAUAUUUGCUGGCAUGCCCCUGUUCUUUCUGGAGACGGCUCUUGGUCAGUACACUUCUGUUGGAGGGCUUGGAGUGUGGAAACUGGCUCCCGUGUUCAAAGGUGUGGGUCUGGCUGCUGCGGUUCUGUCCUUCUGGCUCAAUAUCUAUUACAUUGUAAUCAUUUCCUGGGCUAUUUACUAUCUGUACAAUUCCUUCAGUUAUGAGCUGCCAUGGCAGACUUGUGGCAAUGCCUGGAACACAGAGAACUGCUACAACAACUACAGCCUCCCAGACACCAAGAACCUCACAAGUGCCGUGCAGGAGUUCUGGGAACGUAACAUGCACCAGAUGACCGAUGGUCUGGAUAAGCCUGGGGAGGUCAGGAUCCCACUGGCUAUCACACUGGCUAUUGCAUGGGUGCUGGUCUAUUUCUGCAUCUGGAAGGGGGUCGGCUGGACUGGCAAAGUGGUCUACUUCUCUGCCACAUACCCCUACUUCAUGCUGUUCAUCCUGUUCUGUCGUGGCGUCACUCUUCCUGGUGCAACGGACGGGAUCCUCUUCUACAUCACACCAAACUUUGAGAAACUGAAGGAGUCUGAGGUUUGGCUGGAUGCUGCAACUCAGAUCUUCUUUUCCUAUGGGCUGGGAUUAGGCUCUCUGAUUGCUCUCGGAAGCUACAAUACCUUCCACAACAACGUGUACAGAGAUUCUGUCAUUGUCUGCUGCAUCAACUCCUUCACCAGCAUGUUCGCCGGCCUUGUCAUCUUCUCCAUCGUGGGAUUCAUGGCCAAUGUGACAAAGAGACCCAUCGCUGAUGUAGCAGCCUCAGGGCCUGGCCUGGCGUUUUUGGCUUAUCCUGAGGCUGUCACCCAGCUGCCUAUCUCUCCCCUCUGGGCCAUCCUCUUUUUCUCCAUGCUGCUGAUGCUGGGAAUUGACAGCCAGUUCUGCACCGUGGAAGGCUUCAUCACUGCCCUGGUGGAUGAAUUCCCCCGGGCUCUCCGAAACCGCCGAGAGAUCUUCAUCGCAGUCGUCUGCCUCAUUUCCUACAUUAUUGGACUGUCCAACAUCACACAGGGUGGACUAUACGUGUUCAAGCUCUUUGACUAUUAUUCAGCCAGCGGGAUGUGCCUGCUCUUCCUGGUCUUCUUUGAGUGCAUCUCAAUUUCAUGGUUCUAUGGUGUGAACAACUUCUACAACAACAUUGAGGAGAUGAUUGGCUACAGGCCCUGCAUGUGGUGGAAGCUCUGCUGGGUCGUGUUUACCCCGCUCAUCGUUGCUGGUGUCUUCUUGUUCAGUGCAGUGCAGAUGGUUCCCCUCACCCUGGGUGACUACGUGUUCCCAGCCUGGGGUCAGGGUGUCGGCUGGUGCAUGGCCCUCUCCUCCAUGUUGCUCAUCCCAGGAUACAUGGGCUACAUGUUCCUCACACUCAAAGGCACAUACAAAGAGCGUCUGCGGAUAAUGAUCAAGCCAGUGAUUAUGACGAAGUCUCAGGAAAACGGUCCCGACCAGACGGAAAACCAGAAUCAGAACCCUGCCAACGAGGAAGCCUACAUCUAG